ACCUGCUUUGGUUGAUUGGUGGCACUAUAUUCCCUGAUAAUUCUGGUUCAAAGCUUAGUUUACACUUUUUGCUUGACAUAAUAGACCUUGAUGCAAUAGGCGGUAAAGCUUGGGGAGCAGCAGCAUUAUCAUACUUGUACAGUUGUCUAUGCCGUGCUUCGAUGGCUAAUAGCCGUGAUGUUUGUGGAUUUAUUGCUUUGUUACAGGUUUGGGCUUGGGAGCGAAUAAUCCCGAUGCAGCCAUUACUUCGUCCUCCAAGAGUAAACGAACGAGAUAUUGUAUUUGCGCAGAAGUGGACUCGUCGUGGAGUUCGUGAAAGCGAGGCACGAGCUGUGCUAGUAGUUUGUAGGGAUGUUUUAGACAACCUAACUGAUGAUCAGGUAUUUUUCCUUUUAAAUUUUUUUGAUAAGAAAUGUGAAAAAUAUAACAACAAUAGAGUUUUUAUAGAUUUGUUCAUUUUUUGCUAACUCGUAUUGUGAUAAUGGGUUGAUUUUGUUUUAAUUUGUUAUAGCUAAUUUG